CUGAGACCCUGCUGAGCGACUCAUCAACUCACAGAGUGCAAUAUACUUCAGCAAGAUUGCAAAGGGGGCCGGGGCGGGUGGGGGGCUUUGUUUGCUAGCAGUGCCUUCCCCUAUAAAUCCAGCUCUUGACCCUCUCAGCUAUCAGAAGAUACCUUGGUGACUGGACUGAACCGUGUCCUCUGGACAGUGACCUGAUACAGGGAGAGUGACUAGUAGAGCUGGACACAAGGAGAAGGCAUCUGCACACAUUGGCGCCUGAACAACACGGAACAGGGAGAGUACUGGGUACUGGACUCCUACUGUAGGGCAUCUACACUGACUGGAGCAGGGUAUCAUGGAGGUAUAUGCCCACCUUCUACUGCUACUAAAUCUGUGGAUACUGGGUGCUGAUGCUUCACGGCGUAAAGUUCUUCUGCCCAUCAAACCUGAGCAGGAUCCUCUGCCAUCCAAGUCACAAAUUGGUUGUUUUCUUGGUCAUAAAAUGUACUCACUUGAAGAUACGUGGCAUCCAGACCUGGGGAAACCAUUUGGAGUAGCCUACUGUGUACAGUGCCGUUGUGAAGCGCAACGAAACCGUUGGGGAAAGCAAUCUGGGAAGAUCAGUUGUAAGAGCAUUAAGGGUCAUUGCCCUCCACCCACCUGUGCUAAUCCCAUUGAAAUCCCUGGACAGUGCUGUCGCGUUUGCCCCAAAACUCAUCCUCCCCAUUCUCCUAUGAAAAAAACGGAAUUUAUUUUCGACGAGUUUGAGUAUUUCCCAGAAAAAGAUGAUGAUCUUUAUAAUGAUCGCUCCUACCUCAGCUCUGACGAUGUAGGCGUGGAGGACAGCCGCCAAGAGUACGUGGCAUUUUUGACUGCUUCCACUCGUGUGUGGCCUCCAGUUAACAGUGGUCUUGCUAAGGCUAAAUUUAAUUUGCAGCGUUCCAAUUUAUUCUUCUCCAUCACCUGCAAAGGGAUGGAUAGUCUGUCCCGAGUUCGCUUCUCAGAUGCUGAUGGUAAUGUGCUGUUUGAGCAUCCUGUACACAGAGUAGGAAAUCCCGAAAGUGACACAAUCUGUGGUAUAUGGAGGUCAAUUCCUCGCAAUUCUCUCCAUCUUUUGCGUUUGGGACACAUACAUAUUUCCUUGGUGACAACGUCACUUUCUGAACCUGAAAUUUCUGGAAAGAUUGUUCGCCACAAAGCCUUGUUUUCAGAGUCAUUUAGUGCCCUCCUAACACCGGACUCCUCAGAGGAAGCAACUGAACGAGGACUUGCUAUGCUGACACUUAGUGAUGUGGAUGACAAUCUGCACUUCAUCCUUAUGCUCAGAGGAAUGCAAGGAGGAGAUCGAGAAAGGAUUCCAAUAACUGUGGAAAUCAUUCACCAGGAUCAUGUUAUCCGAGAGCUCUAUGCUAAUAUUACAGCACAGGAACCAGACUUUGCUGAGGUUUUAUCAGAUCUCUCCAGCCGUGAAAUGCAAUGGCUUGCCCAGGGACAUUUGAAGAUUGCGGUACAGACAGAGGGAAGACAUGGACAACGUAUUUCAGGUCCUAUCACUGUCAGAAAGUCAUGUGACACACUGCAGAGUGUAUUGUCGGGAGGGGACGCUUUGAACCCUACAAAGGCAGGAUCAGUGGGCUCAGCAACCAUCACACUGCAUGAAAAUGGAACACUGGAGUAUCAGCUUCAAGUUGCUGGCAUUAUGAGUGCAGUGACAGCAGUGACCUUAGAGACUAAACCUCGAAGGAAGAUUAGGAGAAACAUUCUGCAUGAUCUGACAAAGGACUACCAUAAUGGAAAGGCUUGGGGUUUCUGGACAGGUGCCAAUGCCAGAGAGCUGCACAUGCUGCUUCUGAGUGAGCUAUUUUUUAACAUAGCCACAGAGGAGUUCCCAGAAGGUGAACUGAGAGGGCAGAUUACACCUUUGAUGUAUAGUGGUUUGUGGGCCAGGCACGAAGAGCUUCCAAUACCUCUGGCUGGUCAGUUUGUGUCACCACCUCUCAAGACAGGAUCAGCUGGCCACGCGUGGGUAUCUCUAGAUGAGCAUUGUCACCUGCACUAUCAGAUUGUAGUGACUGGCCUGGGACGUGCGGAGGAUGCAGCACUAAAUGCUCACUUACAUGGAUUUGCUGAACUGGGUGAAGUCAGUGAGAGCUCCAAUGGACACAAAAGGCUUCUGAAAGGUUUCUAUGGUUCAGAGGCUCAGGGUAGCGUUAAGGACCUGGAUCUUCAGCUGUUUAGACACCUGAACGACGGAACAGCUUUCAUUCAAGUCAGCACAAAACUGAACCCACGUGGAGAGAUUCGGGGUCCAGUGCAUAUUCCAAACAGUUGUGAAUCAGGAGGUGUGUCACAGUCUCCUGAGGGCACUGAGCGUGAGUUAAGUGAGAAGCGAAACAUUCAAAAUCCUGAAGAUCUCCGGAAUGAUCCUAGGUCCUGUUAUUUUGAAGGAAAAAUCAGGGCUCAUGGAAGUCGAUGGGCCCCUGACUACGACAAGAAGUGCUCUGUCUGCAGCUGUCAGAAGCGCACAGUUAUCUGUGACCCCAUUGUCUGUCAACCUGUCAACUGCACAACGCCCAUUCAGUUGCCUGAUCAGUGCUGUCCAGUGUGUGAAGAGAAAAAAGAAAACAAAGAAGUGAAAAAACCCGGAAGACCACAAAAUGAAGGUUGUUACUUUAAUGGUGUAUGGAGGGCAGCUGGCACACGUUGGCAUCCUGUGGUUGAACCUUUUGGCCUUGUGUUAUGUGCAACGUGUUCAUGCAAGAGUUCCUCACAAGACUUGCAUUGUGUGAGAGAAACUUGUCCACGUUUGACUUGUGCCAAUCCUAUCCGUGCCAACCCAAUGGACUGCUGCAAGAAAUGCCCAGUGGAAGAGAAAAACCCCUUGGAGUUGGCAGACCGAAUGCUAUCUGAUGAACCCCGACAUUGCGUAGUUAGGGGUCAACGUUAUUCGAACAAUGAAAAGUGGAAUCCUACAGUGCCAACAAUUGGUGUGGUGAAAUGUGUCACCUGCGUUUGCCUGGAUGGAGAGGUUAAAUGCAAACAACAGAAAUGGAAAUGCACUGAUCCUGAAUGUAGUGGAAAUCCAGACAACAUUUGCUGCAGUGAAUGCCUAGGUGACAAUGUGGAUGAAAAAGAAAAAGUGAAAACUGAAGAUCCUAUAAGCACAUGGGGCUACUAGAUAUUUCAGAAGAAUACUGUUGAGAGUUGGAUGAGAAACCCCCCACAAAAAGUUGUAUAUAAACGGCUGGACUUUGAUACUCAACUUUGCAAAGCAAUUUAAAGUAACUGCAGUGAUCUAUGAUGCCAUACCUACCCAACCUUCACAGAGAAUGUAUGUAUAUACAGGACUUAUAUCCCUCUGGUAAGCCUCAAGACAAUUGCCAGGCUUUGAGAUGUCUCCCUGGCUACUGCGUCAUGGCAUCUAGAUGGAAUCUGUGAGAUAACUUGCCAUUAUGUGCCAAGACUACUUCAUGGCAGAUGAGAUUUAUGCUUUGGCAAUCUUCGUCAAAGACUUGUACAGAACUGUGUGAAAUCAUCUGGUAAUCAUCUCAAGACAACUGCAGACUUUGUGGGAUUCAACAAGACUCUCUGGUGCCAAAAACUUUGACAAUUUAAGUUGGAGACAACUGCGGGACUCUGUAAUGUUAUAACUUUAACCAAGGUUGCCCCAGGCAAGUAAUGGUUAAAAUAACUUCAAAACUAGAGGACUUCAUAACCCCCAUAUUGUGUUACGCUUAUCGCCCUGAGGACACAGGAUGUUUAUUUAUGGUGCCUGAUAAUAUAUGGCACCUUGAUGGUCAUCCUUUUACCAAUCUGCUUAUGUGUUGCAAAUAAGCAAAUCUGUGUUCUACCACUUCCAACACCUAAGCAGGUCAGGUCCAAAUAUGAGCCUGGAAGCAGCACACGCGUUUGGGAGAUGACUGCAAUGUUCAAUAGGCAUAGUUUCAGAGAAAUGAAAUAUUUUGCAAACCUCGAUGAAAGGAUGUGUGACAAAGAUUACAAUACAAAUGUGGGAUAAACUAUAUGUACAUGUAUAGUGUGGGUAUAUAUGAGGAAUGUAUGAACAUACACACACAUCUCAGUUCUGUUUUUCCCCCACAAACUCUUUUGAGGAAUGUGUAUUAUUUAUAGUGCUUUUGGUGGAUGCAUCCACUGUGCAAUUUAAUUAUUAAUGUUGAAUGUAUUUAUUAAACUGAAAUAAACUGCUGAA